CUAGCGAAAACCGACAGCCAGAAUCGUUACUGGUACUCACUGCGAAAGCCAUCGCUCAACACUUUCCAUUCGAAGUGGUCGAGUCCAGUCCGAUCACUGUCCCGGAGGAACUGCAACGCCUGAUCGCGUUUCACAGUUUUCCCACAGACGAGGAUGCGAUCUGGUUGUAUUCGUGUUUGAGCAGCGGCGAGUCCUAUGAGUUCGAUCAAGGCGAAGCGUUAUGGGCCGAUAAAGCAGUUCGCGAAUGCGUUCAAAUAGGAUUUCACCUGAGUGCCACCGUACUCACUGGGAUUCACCUCGCUCCCUCGCUCAAUCCAUAUCAGAACGGACGAUUGAGUGAUCUUUUGGACGGGACUCUGACCUCAGGCAAUGCGACAGAUCCUUACCAUGUAAACUUCAGCACUAAUGCGCUUUCCGAGGCUCGUCGCAUUCCAGCUGAGGCUGGGAAUUCACCGGCAGACGGACAAGAUAAUCUUAACCAGGCUACCGAUCGGGGUGCGGUCAAUAUCGAGCCUGGUUACCCGGCCUACAGAGUCUCGCUCACAUUUGAUCGGGGUCGGAUUACUUCGUGCUCCUGUACAUGCACAUUUGAUAUGGAGGAGCGUUGCGCGAAUCUCACUUCACCCCGAUAUCAAAUGGAUUACGAUGGGACACGGAAUACCUAUUCAAACAAUGCAGUAUCAUUCCCAAUGACUGGUUCCGCAAAUCAGAAUCAGGUCUUUGGAUCCUUUCCGUAUCAAGCUAUGUCCUUCACGGGCCCUAUACGAAACGGACAACCAUCGGGAUCUGGUUUCGUGGAACCAGACGCGGGGAAUCCACAAUCCUCGACCGCUCACUCCAAUGGGUACAUGCGUUCCGGUCAGACACCGAUGCGUAACACCGCCGGCUUUUUCCGAUACGCCUUGGCAAAACACGCCUCGCCAUUCGGUACGGCUGGAAUGCGUUGGGGUGUGCAACCGAAUGCGGGUGCUGCUUCAGCGUAUCCGGCUUCAAGACCGGCGCGUGAUUUGAUGGCUCUGACCGCGAACGGGUUCACGGCUGCCGCAAAUUCAACACCAUCGGGCACUUGGUGUUCCCAUGUGGUGGCUACUUGUUUAAUGCGAAUCCGGCAACCGGAUCAGGUGCUUUUGCGCGCUCCGAUUUCCGAGUCGUUGUCCAAAUUGAGCAAAGAAGACUUGCAGAAGUUUGCCCAGAAUCUGAUUUGUUACGUUGGUCCGAAGAAAAUAUUACCGGCGGCUCAGUGUAUUCUGGACCAGCUGCUCGACUCGGCUGACAAUCCGAUGAAAAGCUCCAGUGGGGCACCCGAACCCAUGUCAUCCACUGUCAAAACUGUUGCCUUAUUUCCACUACCUCGUGGUAUAAUACUCAUUCAACUCAUGUCAUGGUGGUAUUUGGUUCAACUAGAUCCGUGCUUUAUCCCAAAGGGUGUACCGCUUUGCCAAAAGCAUACUCAAUAUGCUGCCCUAUGGUUGUGUGAAGAAAUCGUUCAACUUUGGCGAUUGGCCUGCCUCAAUCCCGAACUGCGUCCGCUCGCUGGAACCUGUCUAUCCGGCCGCUUCCCGUCCGGGUCCAGCGCCACAUCGGUCGGCAGUCGGGAUACGCCUGGCCCGCUGGGUAUCAAUUCUUGGCUGUUGCAACAACUAACUCGCCGCUUGAAAGCAUUUCAUAUAGUCGCUUUGGAACAAGCCGGCUUCCGCAUUACCAAUCCCACUGUAUCUUCGGAAUCAAACGGAUUUCGAGACACAUGCACAGCUCCGCCCCGUUCGGGCACUAACGAUGGCCCAACAUCCAAGAAUGGAGGUGACUAUCAUCGGUUCCGGGGAUUUAAACCCGCUUUGGCCGCUUGCUUGUUAACAUGGCCUUGCGAUCUCCCUCCAACGCAUACACUUUCCAGUGCGGAAUUUCGUGCAUAUAUGCCCACUUUUGUCGGUGCUCGAUUAAGCUCACCAACAAACGAAUCACCACAGAGUCAUCCGGACUUUCCGAUGCUCGGCGCGUUUUGCAAUUCGCUCAAUAUGUGGAAAAAAUUGACCGAUAUUCCCUCGAAAUUGCACAAUCCGAUCACCGAUGACCAGGAUCCGAUGGUGCAGCUAUUCUCCGACUUGCCAAUUCCACGUGAUGAUGUCGAACUUGCAUUUGCGAAAUUCCAAGCACUGAACGCUCACGGACACGCAGAACACGCCUUGAUUUGGGCCCGUUAUCUGGCCUGUCGUCUGCUCUAUCUGUCCGGCGAAAUAGUCCGUCAGGCGGAGCUGGUCGCAUUCGAAACUGUAACCGAACACCAAACGUCCAAAGCCGGUGGUUCAUCCUCGCUUGAGCUGGCCUCGUCGUCCAACACCGGCCCAAAUCGGUCCGCGGUGCGAAUCACCAGCCUCGAACGAAAUACAAAUGGCUCGCGUCGUGCCAAGCGAACUACAGCUGGAACCCCAUCUGGGUCGAAUACGGCAGCCAGUGAUACUGGUCAUUCAACACGGUCAAAGAGGCCAGGACAUGCGACUGACUCCACGGAUUCCAGUAGUGAUCGUGCAACUCAGUCCAACGCUCGGGCUAGCCGGAAAUCUGUCGAGUGGGCUUCCAAGAUCAGUCGUCUGUUGGAUCAGAUUCGCAGUCUAAUGGAAUGUCUGACGCGAGGCUACGAUGACUCUCUGGCAAAUCCGACCAACAUUUCCUCAGCCAGUCGAAUCACCAGUAGUGGUCGAGCUUUGCUCAUGUUUCGCGGCCCUGAUCCGUCCUCAGUCGAUCUGCAUCUGGACGACACAGCAUCCCCAGUGGCUCAGCAAACCGUACAUCACAACUCGGCACCGAUUCGUGACGAAUGGGUCUGCAUCGAUAUUGAGCUGGCCUUUCGUCUGGGAUUUCUCGGGCUGAGCUUGCCCCGCCCACCCACGCUCAGUCCAAUAAUUGAAGUUCGAUUGUUCGAUCAGGAGGUCAGUCUGCUCACUCGUAUGUGUCGUCUACCGUUGCAUCGGGCUUGCCCGCAUGUCCUACCAAGCAUUCGACACGAGGCGAUGCGUAUUGCGCGUGGUCUGUCAAUUUAUCAAACGGAUAUCCUCGUUCCAUACAAUUUGGCCACAUAUGUUUUCCACCAGUUGGUGGGAACUCAUCAGACUGCUGUCGUAGUCGCUCAUCUGGCCGAUCCGAACUCACUAUUAACUGUUCCCCCUGUCACGGAGACUAACGAGGGCAGACAGGAUGAACCCAGUAAUCCGAUACCGGCAACUUCUACCACGACCGAACCGGUGACAAGCAAUCCUCCGACCGCUGCUAACAUCGAUACACCCACCGAGCGUAAUUCAUGCUGUCCAGUUCUGGCCACGGGGGCGAUUUUAGAUGGUUCCGGUUUGCCGCUGGUGGUAAACAAUCAUUUGAGCAAGCAACGUGAACUGGAACUGGACGAACGAGACCGUGGAAAACACGGUGCACCACCGCGUCGUCUGGGCGGUACACAGAGUGCUUAUCUGCGCCAGAUGGAUUUGGCCCAACUGGAGGAUGCCGUUUUAGCGGAUGCGGAACUCGGAUUGUCCGCCGUGUUGUCUGUGCUCGCAGUGCGUUCCCGUGUACCCGAGGCAACUUAUACGUAUUUCGUCGAAGGCCAGUGGGCUCAGCUGAACGCACUGGCUGUCUACGUUUUACGCCACUAUCGUGAUGAGUUGGCCAAAUUGGAUAGGAUUCUACUUCAUUUGCUCGAUCGAUACUACAACCCGAACUUCCUCGCUCCUCCUUUGUGGGCUUGUUUGACCUUGACCCCACGGGAUUUGAUGCGGUACACAUUACCGGAGGCGGAUUCCGGCAACGACCAAGUGUCUGCAAAUCCAAUCACGACUAUGGGCACCGAUGUCGGUGAUACUAACCCUCAUUGUACCUCCGUCCCGCCAGAUCCUCCCUGCCUAAUGUUCCCUAGAGAAACAGAGCUCUCCCCAAAUCUAGAGAUGGCUCUUGCGACUAGAUCGCUCGAUACCGAGUCAGUCGGUCCGCCUAUUACCCCCUUGAUGGAUCCGGGUUGUCAGCUGGAUUCCGAUACUGUCACAGUUACCACGGAUUUUGUGACACCGAACCCAGUCACCACCACCNUUGCUACGGAAGUUGGCGUAACAGUUGAACAGCCAUCGGCAUCACUGUCCACUAUUCCCGAGCCGGAAGAUGUCAUUCCGGAGCUAAACGCAAUCAAGUCGGAUGUGGAUUCACACUUCCUUGUUCCAAUGGCCAUCAGUUCUCAACCGAUUUCCAAUGAAGGUAAGGUUUUUCUCUCUCUCUCUCUCUGUCUCAUGCAACAUUCCAUUAUCAUCAUCGUCGAUUGCCGUCUGCUUGCGGUUCUGAGAUCUUUUGGAUCACGCUAA